AUGCGGGCGGCGCUGCGGCAGCGUGUCGGCAGGGCGCGGUGGGCGCUCCGCGUCUCCGAGGCGGCCCCGCGGCCUCGCUGCGUCGGGCCGGGCUCUGCCCCGGCCCUGCGGUGCUGGAGCUGCGGCAGCCCCCUCCCCGGCGCGGAGGGGCCGCCUCGCUUCUGCCCCGGCUGCCGGGCCCUGCAGCCGCCGGGGCCUCGGCCCGACCUCUUCCGCCUGAUGGACUGUGACCGCUCCUUCCGCAUCGACGCGCAGCAGCUGCAGCGGCGGUUCCGGAGCCUGCAGCGCGCCGUGCACCCCGACCGCUUCGGCCAGAGGCCGCCGAAAGAACAGUACUACUCUGAGCAACACUCUUCCUUGAUUAACAAGGCCUACCAAACCCUCCUCAACCCUUUGAGCCGUGGCCUCUAUCUACUGGAGCUGAAUGGAGUAGAGCCGGCACAAGAGACGGACUGUGAUGCAGACUCAGUGUUUCUCACGGAAGUCAUGGAAAUUAAUGAGAAAUUAGCAGAGCCUAAAAAUGAGGAUAUCCUUGAAGAAAUUGAAACUUUAAUUAAAGUUAAACAAGAAGAACUGACCAAAGGGGUGACUGCAGCUUUUGAAAGAGGUGAUCUUCAAGAAGCUAAGAAGCUUCUAGGCAAAAUGAAAUAUUUUGCAAACUUAGAGGAUAAACUAAAGAACAAGAAGAUCCCUUCCUGAUACUGCUUCCUUUACCAUUAGGAGUUAAUGUUAUUUUCAAUUAAACAGCUGAUUUAGUUACCAAAA